GAACCGGGUGGCGGUUCGGUGGCUCAGACACGCAGCAACAGUUGUCAUGAUGUCUGGCAUCAGAUGAGGAGCGAACGGAGGCUGCGGCGCUGCUUGUGAUCCGGUCCGGGCUGAGCGACGUGUUGCUGCUGCUGCAUCCCGCCUGCAAUGAUCCAUCCGGUUUAAUCAGCCGGACUCAUCUGAGCCUCAUUCCGGAUCCCCCCCGACGUCUGCGGCUGCAUAUGGAGGUUUUUGGCUGAGGAGAACCCAGAGGUCCGGACCGCCUGAUGUUGGGCUCAGCAGGGAGACGGGCCGCUCCGUGCGCACAGAGGCAGAGCUGACCAACCCGCCGAGACACAGACAGGCAGGCCGACAGACAGCCACCAGCCAGGGGAGGCAGGGAGGGGAGCCACAGCCUGUCUCGGCUCUCUCGCCCGCUGCGGAUCGAGCCGAGCCGAACUCCUCUUCCCACCCACAACCCCCCGCGCGCACGCUUGCUUUGGAUGGGCGGAAAGCAGAGCACGGCGGCGGGGCGGCCCCGGGGAGCUUUUCCCGGAGUCUCUACGGAUGACAGCGCGGUGCCACCCUCGGCCCACUUCGGCCACUACCGGCCGAGCAGCACCAUGGGCCUGCGGAGCCGCUCGGUGAGCUCUGUGGCCGGGAUGGGCAUCGAGCACAGUCCCGCCGUGCCCUUCGGCUUCUACACCCCGAGAGGGACGGACUCGGACCGGACCGGAGGGGGGUCAGGGGGCACCCCCGCCGCCCCGCACGGUACCGGCUACCAGGAGAGCGGUGGCGGGGGGCACCACACGGACGGGGUUCUGUAUCUGGGGUCCCGGGGGUCGCUGGCUGACACCUUGCCCCUGCACAUCGCACCCCGCUGGUUCAGCGCGCACAGCGGAUUUAAGUGUCCUGUCUGCUCCAAGUCUGUGGCGUCCAAUGAAAUGGAAGUUCACUUCAUUAUGUGUCUAAGCAAACCUCGCCUCUCCUACAAUGAUGAUGUGUUGGCGAGGGAUGCCGGUGAGUGUGUGAUCUGUCUAGAGGAGCUUCAGCAAGGCGACACCAUAGCCAGACUGCCGUGCCUCUGCAUCUACCACAAAAGCUGUAUAGACUCAUGGUUCGAGAUCAAUCGGUCCUGCCCUGAACACCCGUCUGACUGACCAGACCUUCAGACCUGCUAUGAAAACUGCUUAAAGACGUCGAAUGGUCCUCUCAUGGAUACCUGAACACGGACAACAACAAAAACAGAUGAAACAAUCAAAGUCAAUCAGCGCAUACUUAUCUGGAUACAAUCCGUCAUCUUCACUGAGAGAAGCUCUCCGUGUGAACCGAACCAAAAACGUGACUGUUGAACCAACGCGGUACUGUCGUACAUUAAAGGGCCCCUCUCAAAUCUCCAUUUUCAUCUGCUGAAGAAACUGCUCACCCUUCCCGUCGGACCCCCACGAGAUGAGUCCCUCAAAGGGCUUCAAAGGCCUUGACUCCCACUCAGCUGUGCCCCCCAUCAUGGCUUCAUGCCUGCGGCCUCCCUGAUGUGCUCAGGUCCUCACAGGCCUCAAGCAGCUUCCCAUCAUGUAUGUAGAAAGAGGCCUGUUGUUUGUUUGUGUCCAGCCCUCUCAUGGCCUUAACCGGGAAGACAGGACGAAGGAAACCACAGAGCAUGAGGACAAAUAGAGGACAGAGGAGUUGCUGAAGCCCACUGUGUGACACAGACUGGACUCACUUGUAUAUUGUUUCGUGGGCCUCUGAGCUCUCAAAAGGACUGCGGUAACAGCCUCUCAGAAACUGGGUCUCCACGUGGAGCUUUGUGAAGUUUUUGUCUGGGGUACUGUGUCCUUGUGAUGAAGGGACGCUGUUUGUAAUCGAAUACGUCUUUGGAUUAU